AUGUCACGCGUCUGCUCUGCACAAAUCGCCGGUGUAAUCAAAGACCGGCGGAACGACCUCGUCGCCGAUUCCCUUGUGGAUUUUUGCCCCAACCUGCAACACCUCACGAUUGACAACAGCUUGUGGCUGCCCUUGCUCGCACACUUCCCGCGUCUCAAGACGGUUCACUGCACCUACGGCGUUAUACCGCACAUCGAGGACCUGGAGAGCAUGGCCACGUAUCCCGCACUGGAAUCCCUCUCGUUCCACCUCUACCACGCAACCAUCUACUACCAUUCCGAGCCGCCGCCCCGACGUCCCGCGAUCGAGAUGUUCGCCUUCGUGCGCUUCCCCGCGCUCCGCACGCUCUCCUACACCUUCGACCCCCGCCUCUUCGAGAACGGCAUCGACGUCCCGCUGGGGGCCAUCGCCGCUGCGUACUCGCACCUCGCCACGCUCAAGCUCACCAUGAUCCCCUGGGCGGAACUGGCACGCCAGAUCACGCCCUUCUACUCACCGACCCCACCGCGGGUGAACACACGCAUGGCCUUGUCCGUGCGCCUCGGGGCGGUCCUGGCGCACCUCGCGCCCAUUCUGGACCUGCGCGCGCUGCACCUUACCGUGCAGGGUGAGCGGUUUGGCUACAGCGACGAUGACCUCCGUGCGGUCGCGACGGUGUGGCCUCGGAUCGUCGAGCUCCGGAUCUCCGUGAACGGCGCACUAGUCGAGGGCGAGGGCGAGGAGGUGGCGACGCUCGACGGUCUCGCGGGGCUCGCGCGCGGUGUUCCGGAGCUGCGCGUGCUGCACGUCCCGCGUGUCGCGCUCUCGCGGGGCUCGCGCGAUGUUGUGUCUGUCGAGCCGCACCGCGCUCUGCACGACCUCAAGUUGGGCCCGAUAGAGAUGCAGGAAGAGCGGGGAGACGGGAAGGGGAGCAGGAG